AUGCUUAACGAAAUUACAGAUCAAAUUGAAAAGCUUGAACAUGAUCAUAAACAACUGAAGUAUCAGAAUUUAGAGAACAAUAAAUUACUUGAAAAAAUCGAUGAAGAUAUUCAAAGGUUGAACCGGUUGAAGUUUAGGAUUCAAAAGAAGGUAGAGAAUGAGCAGGAUACUAAUUUUAAAACUGCAGAGAUUAAAGAAAAUGACGUUGAUGAUUUAAAGGAUACGAGGAGAAACAAAAAAGAAAAGAAGGACAAAUCAUUAGAUAUCAAAAAUGAGACCGAAAAUGAAAGUGGGCAGUGGAUGGACAAUUCUAAAUCUGUUCUUUUGAAAGGGGUUAACCAAGAUCAAUUUCGUAGAUACGAAUUGGCAUAUGAUAGAGUCAAGGACUUCUAUCGCCAGCAGCAUGAAAAGCAGACAGUUGCAUAUAACAUACAGGCACGAAUAAACUUUAAAACUAAAGUUAGGGAUCGGAUGUCUGUAUGGGAUGCCCUCGUAAAACUCAAUAAGCUUUUAGACGAGAGUGACCCAGACACAGAAUUGUCACAAAUUGAUCAUGCUUUGCAAACAGCCGAGGCCAUAAGACGAGACAAGAAACCUCGAUGGUUUCAAUGUGUCGGCUUAAUUCACGAUCUAGGAAAGCUUUUAUACUUUUAUGAUGCUCAGGGGCAGUGGGAUGUUGUCGGGGAUACAUUUCCUGUUGGUUGUCGGUUCUCAAAAAACAUAAUAUAUUAUGAUUAUUUCAAAGAAAAUCCAGAUUAUAAGAACCCAUUAUAUAACACCAAAUAUGGAAUUUAUUCUCCUCACUGUGGAUUGAAAAACGUGAUGUUGAGUUGGGGACAUGAUGAAUACAUGUAUAAUCUUGCUAAAGAGCAGAGCAUUUUACCACCAGAAGGUCUUGCUAUGAUCAGGUAUCAUUCCUUUUAUCCAUGGCAUCGGGAAGGGGCGUACAAAUAUCUUAUGUCAGAGGAAGAUAAAAAAAGCUUGAAGAUCGUUCAAACGUUUAAUCCCUACGAUUUAUAUUCCAAGAGUGAUAUUCGUUAUAGUGUUGAUGAAUUAAAACCUUAUUACCUUGAACUUAUCGAUGAGUUUUUCCCUAAUAAGCUGGUUGAAUUUUGA